GGCUGUUCUGUAAUCUAAGAAAGUAUGGACUAGAUUGCAUGACAUCACGGCUCCAUAUAAAGAGCAGACCACCUGAUGUAUUAAAAAAGGAGGGGAAACCAAGAGAAACGUCGCAUCCCUGACGGUUCCUCUGGAUUGAAGAUGGCGGUCCCAACUCAAAGCAGCCGGACUGGAUCCGUUACCAGUCUGGGAAACAGUCCAACCACAACACCGGGCGGCUUAAACAACACCCACAAGCUGUGGUGCUGUCAUGAGCUUGAUUUUAGGUCCGGAAUGAAGAUCGAAGAGCUCAACCGACUCAUCCAUGAAUUCAGUAAACAAGACCAACGAGAGUAUGAUGACCAGAGGGCACUGGAAAUACACACCGCCAAGGAUUUUAUCUUCUCCAUGCUCGGCAUGGUGCAAAAGCUGGACCAAAAACUGCCUGUCGCAAAUGAGUACUUGUUGUUGUCUGGUGGUGUGCGAGAAGGUGUGGUGGACAUGGAUCUCAAUGAGCUUGGCAUCUACAACCGUGGCUCCAACUAUGACUUGGCCUUCACCCUGUUGGUUCCUGCACUUAAAUUGCACGACUGGAACCAGCCUGUAACGCUGGACAUGCGCCACUCAGCACUUGGUCACUCUUGGCUCAGCUUGCGACUUUUUGACGAUGGUACCAUUAAACGUUGGCGGGACUGCUGCACGCUUACUGAUCAUCUGAAUGGCACCACCAACUACUUCUUCUCACCUACACUGGUAGCCAACUGGUUCCAAGAAGCUGUUGGACUAGUACUGGCAGAGUUACAGCGCAAGCCACAAAGGGGCUCCCCGAGGGUGGAGCAAGUUGAGCGUCACAACACGCUGCUCACUAUAGUUUUAGGUGUGGGCAGCAGCCGCAUGCUUUAUGACAUUGUUCCUGUGGUGUCUUUUAAAGGCUGGCCGGCAGUUGCUCAAAGCUGGUUGAUGGAGAACCACUUCUGGGAUGGCAAAAUCACAGAGGAGGAGGUUAUCAGCGGUUUCUAUCUGCUGCCUGCCUGCUCAGCCUCUGGUUGCAGAAAGAACGAGUGGCGUCUCUCUUUUGCCCGCAGCGAGGUUCAAUUGAAAAAGUGUAUCUCACCAGGCCUCAUGCAAGCUUACCAGGUGUGCAAGGCAAUAGUUAUUAAGUUACUAGCCCAACCUACGUCUAUCAGUCCCUAUUACUUACGUUGCAUUAUGUUGUGGGCUUGUGACCGACUACCUGCAAGCUAUUUGACACAGGAAGACUAUGUUGCGCAUUUCCUGCUAGGUCUCAUAGAUGACCUGCAGCACUGCCUUGUCAACAAGACCUGCCCUAACUAUUUCAUCCCACAGUGUAACAUGUUGGAGCACCUGUGUGAUGAGACCACUAUGUUUCACGCUCGUAAGCUAGCGCUGGUACGCUCGGAUCCAGCCGAGCACCUGCGAUCCAUUGUUGAGCUGGCCAAGGCAGCCAACAGACUGACGCAGGAGAUGCAGCGUCGUGGGAGUUCCUCAGGACUGCUCUCUCCGCUUGCGAAUCCCUCCUCGGCUGAUCACCAGCAGUCAGAUGACCGGCUGGCCAAGAAGCUACAGCAGUUAGUGACCGAGAAUCCAGGGAAGUCUAUCUCUGUGUUCAUCAACCCUGAUGACGUCACACGACCUCACUUUCGUAUUGAUGACAAGUUCUUCUGAAAACAAUGGUCUAUUUUCACUUCUCCUCUGCUAUAAUGGUUGAACCUGAUGGGAACCUGAUGCAUGACACUGUCUAGAAACUGGAGCUGUGUCCCUAUACCUGUAUACAUCAGACUGCAGAGGAUUUUCUGGGGGAAAUGUUCUGCAACAGCUCUAUAGGACCUGCCUUACUGAGAGGCAAAUCCAAACCACUUGCACCUGCAAAGGGUUAAAGCAUAGUGAGUUUCACAGUGACUCUGAGAAUAAAAGUCAGGGCAAGUGGGCAAUGAUUUACAUAGCAGAAGAA